CUUUCUGUUGAUGUUGAAGCUAUUUCUUUUUGAUUUUUAGUUUUCCUUCUAACAGUCAGAACUCUGUGCUGUAGGAUAUCUGGAGGUCUACUCCCGACCUUGCUUGCAUGGGAAUCAUCCUUGGGGGUUGCAGAGCAGCAAGGAUUGCUGCCUGAUAUUUCCUCUGGUAUGUUCACCCCAGAAGGGCACCUGCCAGGUUUUAGCCAGAGCUCUUUUGUAUGAAGCAUCUUUUUGGUUACACAGGGGUCAGGGAGCCGCUUAAGGAGGAAGUCUGUCCCUUGUCUGCCUGCAGAGGUCUUGCUGGGCUGUCACAGACUCAGUCCAGUUGCUGUGUAAUCUUCCUCUGGCUUUUGUUUACACUGGUAGGUUUAGACACACCUCAGCAAUGGUGGGUGCCCUUCCCUGCACCGAGCUCACUCAUCCCGGAUGGAGCUCAAACUGAUGCCCUGGCUGCAAAAUGCUCAAGUUAGAGGGCUUCAGUUUGCUUGUCUUUUUGGGAGUGGGACCCUCCCAGCCAUAUCACCUAUCUCCCUGCUUUCAGCUCCCUCUCUUUCUGGGGAUUGGGUAGCUCUGUCCCAUAGGUGCUCUUGGUGCUAAUCAAAACAUCCAUCCUGUUCUGUGCUGACAACCCAUGGCACUGUCCCUAGCUGCCACUCAUAUCUGUGCUGGUAACUCAUGGGGCUUUUCACCCCAGUUGGGAUCUCCUGUUCUGUGGGUUGCAGAGGCUAUGGGAGAAGUGCGGUAUGGAACCAGAGUGCUGGGGCAGGGGGGAUGUUCCUGAUCCUAUAGUCAGUUACACUUCCUGGUUGAGGCAGUGCCCCACCCUGCCUCGGUUUGCCCUCCUGGGGCUACACCCAGGGUCCAACCAGUCCCAUUGAAAUGAACCUGGUACCUAGGUUGGAAACGCAGAGAUCACUCACCUUCUACAUAUCUCUCUCUGGGAACUGCACUCUGGAGCUGUUCCUAUUCAGCCAUCUUGGCAGAAUACCCUAUAUUCUUUUCUAUAUAAGCUAUUUUGCCUGUCAGCUCCUGUAACGUUUCUGUCCACAUUCUUAAUGUUGUUUCUGUAAUUUCAAACAUCUCAGCCUGAUUCAGAACCCUUGCUAGAGGGCUAGUAUGAUCAUUUGUGGAGAAGAAUGCACUCUGGCUUUUUGAGCUAUCAGAUUUCUUUUGCUGGUUCUUUCUCAUCUUUGUGGGCUGAUGUUCUUUUAGUCUUUGAGGCUGCUGCCCUAUGGAUUUUUUUUUUCUUUUGUUUGAUGACCUUGAUAGUUUGAUUGUAGUAUUUGGUGGAUACAGUCAACUUACAUUGUUUCUGGAAGAUAUUAGGGGGGCAGGGCUCACUCUGAUGGGUGGUAGCAGCCAAAGCAUUUCAUAGGACUGUGGCAGUGGGAUCUGUUCUUGUUCACAUGACCUACCAGCAGUGGCAGCAGCAACAUUGUGGUGUGCAUGCUUGUUGGUUACCACAGGAUAUUAGCAGACGACAGAGUGCAGGCCUCCAUAUAGGUGUUUGCAGGAGCAGAGGAGGUAGCAUGGCUUGGAGAGUUGGGGAACCCUAACUUGUUACUAUGCACCUGGUCAUGCCAGUGUUGGUGUCAGCACAGGGGUGGGUGUUGGCAGGAGCAGUACUGUGUAUGCCCCUGUGCACAUUCACACAGCUGGACAUGGCCUCUCAGGGUUGCAGAGGAUCUUCUGUUUUCUGAGCCUAGUUUCAUUCCAGUAGCAAUAUUGGCACAGAGGCAGGAUGCUGAUGGGGCAGUGCUGAUAGGUUCUUUGCCCACAAAGAUUCUGACUGCAAUGUCGGUAUAGUUGGGGAAUGGGAGGAAGAAUGCAGUCACACUGGCAGCAGUUGCAGUGCAAGGUGCACAUCCACAUGCACAUACAUACACUGGUGGGACAGAGAAGGCAAGGUCUAUCAAUGCACAUGCAUAGUAGCCAAGCAAUGUGGGGUGUGUUCAUGUGCUUGUGGGAAGCUGCAGUGCAGUGUAGGAGGGGACAGACUGUUAUGUAUCUGUGUGGGACCCUCUGCUGGAACUCUUUUCUGGUCAUGUAUGGUUCACCAGUGCAAGAUUUACAAUGUAGGCCCCCAGGGCACCAGAAGCCACACUGCAACAUAAGCAGUCAAGCUGGAGCCAUGGGAGAGGCCAGCAGAUCAAGGGGUAUUUAGGUUGGACUGUCAAGGGGUGUUCAGGUUGGACUGGCUUUGUGUAAUAGGCCAGAAAAUUCUAUAGAGUUUAAGUCUGACAGUUCCCCUAGUGCCAAAGUUUCCUAUGGGAGCAAGUUGAGCCUAAGAAGGUGGCUAUCCAUGGCUGUGCUCCCCUAUAGACAUUUCCACAUCAAACACCCUGGGCUCUACACCAGCUGGACUGCUGUCCCUACCACUUCUCUAAAUAACUUUCCCUGCCAAAUCAGGUGUCCAUGGUAGUGGAGGGGUCUCCUCAUGUUAGAAUUCCAGAAACCCCUUGUAGAGCAUGUUGCUCCUUGCCAGUUCAACUCACUCAUUCCCCUAGAGUUGUUGGAGGCCAAGAACAAGUUCUGAUUCACCGUAGCCCUGUGCGUUGUUCUCAGCUUCCUCCUCAUUCAGCCAAGCAUCUAUGUCUUCCCUCUGUCCACUCUUAAUGCCAUACCUCUGAAGAUCUGUUAGGAGUGUACCAGUUGCCAUGGUCCCUCAGUGGCAGCUGGUUCACCUGGCUGCAUCUAGUCAGUCAUUUUGCCCAGCUUCUCCAGUAUUACAACAUUUUGUUUUGUCUAUAUGUUUACUUUUGGCAGUGGAGGUUAUACUUUCAUUUGUCUUUGUGCUGUUUUCUAUUUAUAUCAACUUUUAUGUCAACUUCAAAGGAAUCACUUUAGCAUUUUUCACCACAUCUAUUGGUGAUGAACUCUCGCUGCUUUUGUUUAUAUGGGAAAUUAUUUCCUUUUUAUUUAGAAAGACAGUUUUUCUGGAUAUAUUGUUGGUUAACAUUUUUUUAUUACUUCAAAUUGUUCAUAUAAUUCCUUUCUGCCCUGAAAGAUUUCUGCUGAUAAAUCUACUGAUAGUUUUAUGGGACUCUCUUGUAUAUCAUGAGUCACGUCUUCUUUCAAAAUUUUCCCUUUGUCUUUGACAUUUGACAAUGUAGUCAUAAUGUCGUCAGUUUGAAGUCCUUUGGGUUCCUCUCAGUUGGGUUCUGUUGGGCUUCUUGAGUUUGGAUGUCCAUAUUCUUUCUAGGAUAUUUAGGCUCUUGUUUCUUUAAAUAAAUGUUCUGUCUCUUUAUCUCUCUUUCUUUUAAUGUCAUACUGCAUAUAUUGGUCCACUUGAUUUUGUCCCUUAAGUCCUUUUAGACUUUCUGCACUCCCUUUUAUUCUUUUUGUUCCUCUGACUAAUAAUUUCAAAUUACCUGGAUUCAAAUUUGCUGCUUCUUUCUUCUGGUUGAUUAAGUGUGCUGUUGAAACUGUCUAGUGAAUUUUUCAGUUUACUUAUUGUAUUAUUUAGCUUAAAAUUUUCUGUUUGGCUCUUUUUAUGUUUUAAGUUGAUUUGUAGUUUUCAUUUUAUUCAUGUAUUAUAUUUUUCUGAGCUUGGUGAGCAUCUUUAUGAUGGAUAUUUGAAUUAUUUGUCAGAUAAUUCAUAUACCUCCUUUACUUCAGGGUCAGUUCCUGGAGACUUAUUUUGUUGUUUUGGCUUUGUGCCAUUUCCUUGUUUCUUUGUUUACUUUGUACCUUUGUGUUGGAUCCAUGCAUUUAAGAAAAUGGCCAUUUCUCCAAGUCUUUAUAGAUUGGCUUUGUACAAGGAAAGACAUUCACAAAUCACCCUAAUUAGAGAUUCUGGGGUCCUCUUAGAUAUUUUCUGUGUAUAUUUCUUCUCUGGAUUUGUGUAUGCAAAUUUUUAAUUAAAGAGGUUUGCUAGUUCACAUCUCCCUUUAGUUCUUAGUGUCCCCGAAGCUUCUAGAGUGUACUGAACUGUAUCAGUGUUUUUAAUCUAGUAAAAUAGAUUAAAGUCUGUUUUAAAGUAAAACAAGUUUCUUGGUCAGACCUCAAAAAGCUGUAACAAUCGAACACACACUUUACUCUUCUGUCUCCCCUCCCAGAUGGAGAAACCUUUGAGCUAUGUUUGCCUCCGUCUUCUCUACUGCAUGUCCUGUGGAGUAGCAACAAAUCACUCACGUCUCUUUUGUUUUCAGCAUUCCUCAGACAUCUAGAGUAUGACAGCCCUGUCAGCUUUCUGAGACAGACGAGACACAAACCUAUUUCUCGAGCAGUUCCCCCAAAAAGACAGAAUGUGGGACACAAACCACAAUCUUUUCCCUUCCUAGAGAGAAGCAGAGACUUGGGAGUUUUCACUCUCUCAUUCUAUGCCAAGCUGGGAGGAGGGAUUAUGGAAGAAGCCAAGAAUUGGGAGUUUUCUUCUGAUCAUGCUAUGCUGAGCUGGGCAGAGAGACCAUGGCAAGAAAUAGACUAAAUAGUCAACUUGCAAGAUACCACUGCUUCUUUUAAGAAUGAUGGGUUUCCCAGGUGAUACAUGAAAGAAGAGAUAAUGACCAACUAUCUCCUUUAUCCUGGUCACACAAGAAGGUAGGCUAUGGACUCCUUUUGACAUUUCUGCCUCAGCAGCAGAGGACAAAAGCCAAGCUGUGAUGGAUAAGUCACAAAAGUAAGAAAUACAGACGUGGACUACAGGCCUCUAAAGAAGAACUGAGUAUGCUGAGGAUCUAUGACAGACAUUGGACAUUUAUGAGGUGUUAGUAGGGACUGGUAACAUCUGAACAUACCAAAUGAAACAGGCAAACUCUUCCACCAUCGCUACCACGACAUUUUACCACAAAAGCAUGCCACUGCAUGUGGAUUCCAAGCAGGCUAAAAAGAAAAAGAACUGAUUAGACCUCAGAAGACCCACUGAACGGGAUGACGGCCACAGCUGAGGUAGAGACACCAAAAAUGGAGAAGAGUGCCUCCAAGGAAGAGAAGCAGCAGCCUAAGCAGGACAGCACAGAGCAAGGCAAUGCUGAUUCUGAAGAGUGGAUGAGCUCUGAGAGUGACCCUGAACAGAUAAGCCUUAAGAGUAGUGACAACAGCAAGAGCUGCCACCCUAGGGAUGGUCAGUUGAAGAAAAAGGAGAUGUCCUCCAAGCCACACCGCCAGCUCUGUCGAUCACCCUGCCUAGAUCGUCCAAGCUUCUCCCAGAGCAGCAUUUUACAGGAUGGUAAACUUGACUUGGAGAAGGAAUACCAAGCUAAGAUGGAGUUUGCUCUAAAGUUAGGCUAUGCAGAGGAACAGAUUCAAUCAGUGCUAAACAAGCUGGGACCAGAAUCACUUAUUAAUGAUGUAUUGGCAGAGCUUGUCAGACUUGGGAACAAAGGUGAUUCAGAAGGGCAGAUCAACUUGAGUCUGUUAGUGCCUCGUGGGCCCAGCUCUAGAGAGAUUGCAAGUCCUGAAUUGUCUCUUGAAGAUGAAAUAGACAACAGUGACAAUUUGAGGCCAGUUGUCAUUGAUGGAAGUAAUGUGGCAAUGAGCCAUGGGAAUAAAGAAGAAUUCUCCUGCAGAGGAAUACAACUUGCUGUGGAUUGGUUUCUAGAUAAAGGCCAUAAAGAUAUUACUGUAUUUGUGCCUGCAUGGAGAAAGGAGCAAUCCCGCCCUGAUGCACCAAUUUCCGAUCAAGAUAUUCUAAGAAAACUGGAGAAAGAAAAGAUUCUCGUCUUCACACCAUCCCGAAGAGUCCAAGGCAGGAGGGUUGUCUGCUAUGAUGACCGGUUCAUAGUCAAACUGGCUUUUGACUCUGAUGGCAUCAUUGUGUCCAAUGAUAACUACCGAGACCUUCAAGUUGAAAAGCCAGAAUGGAAGAAGUUUAUAGAGGAGCGGUUGCUGAUGUAUUCUUUUGUGAAUGACAAAUUUAUGCCUCCAGAUGAUCCUUUAGGACGCCAUGGCCCAAGCCUUGAAAAUUUCUUAAGAAAGAGACCCAUUGUUCCUGAGCAUAAGAAGCAACCAUGUCCUUAUGGCAAAAAAUGCACCUACGGCCACAAGUGCAAAUACUACCAUCCGGAGCGGGCCAACCAACCCCAGCGUUCGGUGGCUGAUGAGCUCCGCAUCAGUGCCAAACUGUCCACAGUGAAAACUAUGAGUGAAGGCACCCUGGCCAAGUGUGGCACAGGGAUGUCUAGUGCCAAAGGUGAGAUAACCUCAGAGGUCAAACGUGUGGCCCCCAAGCGCCAAUCAGAUCCCAGCAUCCGAUCUGUGGCUGUGGAGCCUGAGGAAUGGCUGUCUAUUGCCCGUAAGCCUGAGGCUAGUUCUGUCCCUUCUCUUGUGACUGCCCUAAGUGUCCCCACAAUCCCACCCCCUAAAAGCCAUGCAGUGGGUGCACUCAACACCCGUUCGGCCAGCAGCCCAGUGCCAGGAUCUUCCCAUUUCCCCCACCAGAAGGCCUCUUUGGAGCAUAUGGCCAGCAUGCAGUAUCCUCCCAUCCUGGUUACCAACAGCCAUGGGACCCCUAUUAGCUAUGCUGAGCAAUAUCCAAAAUUUGAAUCCAUGGGGGACCAUGGCUACUAUUCAAUGUUAGGCGAUUUCUCCAAACUGAACAUCAACAGCAUGCAUAAUCGAGAGUAUUACAUGGCUGAAGCAGACCGGGGGGUGUAUGCCCGGAAUCCUAACCUCUGUCCUGACAGCCGUGUGAGCCAUACCAGGAAUGACAACUAUUCCUCUUACAACAACGUGUAUUUGGCUGUUGCUGAUACCCAUCCUGAAGGCAAUUUGAAGCUGCACCGCUCAGCAUCCCAGAACCGACUUCAGCCUUUUCCUCAUGGUUACCAUGAAGCCUUAACACGAGUGCAGAGCUAUGGCCCAGAGGAUUCUAAGCAAGGCCCUCACAAACAGUCAGUCCCCCACUUAGCUCUGCAUGCCCAGCACCCAGCAACUGGAGCACGUUCCAGCUGUCCUGCAGACUACCCCAUGCCUCCCAAUAUCCAUCCUGGGGCAGCCCCCCAGCCAGGCCGUGCCCUGGUGAUGACUCGGAUGGAUAGCAUUUCUGACUCCCGCCUCUAUGAGAGCAACCCUGUGAGGCAAAGACGACCUCCCCUGUGCCGGGAACAGCAUGCCAGCUGGGACCCGCUGCCCUGUGCAACUGACUCCUAUGGCUACCACUCCUAUCCCUUGAGUAACAACCUCAUGCAACCAUGUUAUGAGCCAGUCAUGGUACGGAGCGUGCCUGAAAAGAUGGAGCAGCUUUGGAGGAAUCCUUGGGUUGGAAUGUGCAAUGAUUCCAGGGAGCAUAUGAUCCCAGAGCACCAGUAUCAGACCUACAAGAACCUCUGCAAUAUUUUCCCUUCUAACAUCGUCCUUGCAGUGAUGGAGAAGAAUCCCCACACAGCAGAUGCCCAACAACUGGCAGCCUUGAUUGUUGCUAAGCUUAGGGCUGCACGUUGAUAUGACAUAGUACUUAUUUCUUUAUACAAAUAUGAAUAUUAAUACUAAUACACGAAUACAAUUAUAGUAACUAA